AUGAUUUCUACUCAGGCGAAAGAAGAUCUAGAAGCUCAAACUGCCGAGGUUGAAUAUGAACCUCCGAAUGAUAACGAUGUUAUGAAACUCACUUCUAUGACUCCUGAAGAUAUCAAGCGCUGGGAGGCCCUGGGUUUAUCCGCCAUAGCAGCCGGCGAGGUUGCCGGGUGCGUCCUAGCAGGUGGACAGGGCACCCGAAUGGGCUUAGGCGUGCAUGAAUCCAAGGGUAUGGUUGAUAUUGGUCUCCCAAGUGCUAAGCCUAUAUUUCAACUGUUUGCUGAGAGGCUGACUAGACUGAAGGCCUUGUCGGGUGAAGAAAGCGCUCGCCUUCCGUUUCUGGUUAUGACUUCACCGCUGAAUCACAACUAUGUUCAGCAGUUUUUCAAGGACCAUGAUUUCUUCGGUUACCCUAAGGAGGAUGUUUUAUUUUUCCCACAAGGUACUCUACCUGCACUAUCACUGAAUGGGAAUCUUAUUAUGGAAUCAAAAUCUAAGGUCAGCGUCAGCCCAGAUGGGAACGGAGGUAUAUAUUACGCGUUGGAAAAGGAAGGGGUGCUAUCGAAGUUGGAAGUGUGGGGAGUUAAAUAUUUGCAUGUUUUCUCUGUGGAUAACGCUAUUGUGAAACCGGGUGAUCCCUGGUUCGUCGGCUAUUGCAUCGAGAAGGAUGCCCAAGUUGGCAACAAAGUCGUGUGGAAAAGCUCAUGGGAUGAGAAAAUUGGAGUUAUUGCAAAUAAGGACGGAAAAUGUUCAGUGGUGGAGUAUUCAGAUUUGUAUAAUCCUGCGGCUGGCAUUGAUAACCCUAUGGUGAGGGCUGAAGCGCAGGAUGGCAAACUUCUUUUCGGUGCCGGAAAUAUAUGCAAUCAUUUUUACUCGGUUGAGUUCUUGAGAGAAGCGAUUUCGAAGAUGAAUAGUCGCUAUCAUUUAGCAUACAAGAAAAUUGCAAGUGCUGAUGAAAACGGUAAAACCGUCAAGCCGACGAAGAAUAACGGUGUGAAGCUUGAAGCGUUCAUUUUUGAUGCUUUCGAGAUGGCCGAUCGAUCUGUUGUUUUCGAGUGCAGUCGAAGUGACGAGUUCACUCCCAUCAAGAACCCUUUUGGUGCUGAUCAAGAUUCCCCUGAUACUGCUAGGAAAGCCGUAUCGGCGAUGUGCAAGAAAUGGGUAGAAAAUGCAGGCGGACACGUUUUGGGUGACGAGCUUUUCGAGCUAUUGCAUAGUGGUGGUAAAGUCAAACGACAGACUCGCAUCGAUGUUGUACAUCAGCCUCUUAAGGUCUGUUGUCAUCAUGUCGAUGACUUUUGUCCCGCAGGGGAGAUAUCCUCUACCUUUUCUCUGGAGCUAUGCUUUAAACAUUUUGAGGACUAG